CUUCCAAUUGAAGAUUUGUGCAGCCUGACAUCCCAGUCACUAACUGUUACGCUGACGGCCGCGAUGCCAGAAUCCACAGAGGAUGUCCUCUUGAGAGGAUUUGCCAUGCUGGGGAUGGAGGAUGAAAGAAUUGAAACAGCACAGCAGUUCUUCUCCUGGUUUGCUCAGGUACAAACACAGAUGGAUCAAGAUGAAGGUGCCAAGUAUAGACAGAUGAGGGAUUACUUGUCUGGCUUUCAGGAGCAGUGUGAUGCUAUCUUGAAUGAUGUGAACAGUGCCCUUCAGCACCUGGAGUCACUGCAAAAACAGUAUCUUUUUGUGUCCACGAAGACAGGAACGCUGCAUGAGGCCUGUGAACAACUUCUGAAAGAGCAGUCGGAACUUGUUGACCUGGCUGAAAAUAUCCAGCAGAAACUUUCUUAUUUUAAUGAGCUGGAAAACAUCAACACAAAACUGAAUUCCCCUACGCUGUCCGUGAACAGUGAAGGAUUCAUUCCCAUGCUGGCUAAGCUUGAUGAUUGUAUUGCAUAUAUUUCAUCACAUCCAAAUUUUAAAGACUAUCCUGUAUAUUUGAUUAAGUUUAAACAAUGCCUUUCUAAAGCUAUGCACCUUAUCAAGACGUACACUGUGAAUACACUACAGAACCUCACAAGCCAGUUAAUGAAAAGGGAUCCUUCAGCUGUGCCAAAUUCUGACAAUGCCUUCACGCUGUUCUAUGUAAAAUUCAGAGCAGCUGCUCCCAAAGUCAGAACUCUUAUUGAACAAGUAGAGCAAAGAUCUGAAAAAAUGCCAGAGUAUCAACAAGUUCUCAAUGAAAUUCAUCAAUGUUACCUCGACCAGAGGGAGCUUUUGCUUGGUCCGAGUAUCGCUAGCACUGUUACAGAAUUAACCAGUCAGAACAACAGAGAUCAUUGUGCUCUGGUACGAAGUGGUUGUGCCUUUAUGGUCCACGUAUGCCAGGAUGAACACCAGCUUUACAAUGAGUUCUUCACAAAACCAACACCAAAACUGGACGAACUCUUGGAGAAGUUGUGUCUUUCAUUGUAUGAUGUCCUGAGGCCAAUGAUCAUCCACGUCAUUCACUUAGAGACGCUUUCUGAACUCUGCGGGAUUCUCAAAAAUGAAAUGCUUGAAGAUCAUGUACAAAAUAACGCUGAACAACUGGGUGCGUUUGCAGCUGGUGUCAAGCAGAUGCUAGAAGAUGUACAAGAGCGUCUUGUCUAUAGGACACAUAUUUACAUUCAGACUGAUAUCACAGGCUACAAGCCUGCUCCUGGUGAUCUUGCAUAUCCUGACAAGUUGGAAAUGAUGGAG